UUUCAUGGUAAUGGUACGAGCACAUAUUCUAAGUAGGGCCCAGGCAUACUUUACGUUAAGAUUCAUGUUCUGUGAAACAACGCCAAGUAACUACUUCUUUUUCUCCCACUUUUUUGUAGUGUUCAUGCGUCUUCUUCACUCUUCAUACAACAAUCAUAAUAACAGAGACAUAGCAAUGGCAACUUGUAUACCUGCUGGAAGGGGCACAUUGCAUUACAAAGUGACAGACUAUAAGGGACAAAGCUGUAAAAAAACUGCAUGUGUUUCUGACGUGUCUAUCAAAAGAUAUUUACAAAAAGAUCUUUCAUGGUCUAAAAGGGUAUCCAAGGUACUGCAGAUACACAAAUGUGAGCUUUCUAGGUCUCCACUUCGUAAGAAUCGGAAACUCUUCAUUUCCUCAUGUAAAAAAGAUGGUCCUACAAAAUACUUCGACUUUGCCGUCAUUGGGAGUGGAAUUGCUGGCCUUCGAUAUGCGCUCGAAGUUGCAAAAUACGGAACCGUUGCAGUGAUAACAAAGGCUGAACCUCAUGAAUGUAAUACAAAUUAUGCUCAAGGUGGUGUAAGUGCUGUGCUUAGCCCUUUAGAUUCCGUGGAGAGUCACAUGAAGGACACCAUUGUAGCUGGUGCUUAUCUUUGUGAUGAAGAGAGUGUCCGGGUUGUUUGUACUGAAGGACCUGACCGAGUCAGAGAACUGAUUGCUAUGGGCACAUCGUUUGAUCAUGGGGAAGAUGGUAACUUGCAUCUAGCGAGGGAGGGAGGUCAUUCACAUAACAGAAUCGUUCAUGCUGCUGAUAUGACAGGAAAAGAGAUUGAGCGCGCUCUUUUGAAGGCAGUUAUCAACAAUCCUCAUAUUUUUGUGUUUGAACACCAUUUUGCUAUAGAUCUUCUCACUUGUCAGGAUGGAUCUGAUAUAACCUGUCUUGGUGUUGACACACUUAAUACUGAAACUCUAGAGGUGGUAAGAUUUCUUUCGAAGGCGACUUUACUAGCGUCAGGGGGUGCUGGACAUAUUUAUCCUAAAACUACGAAUCCGUUGGUUGCUACCGGAGAUGGGAUUGCAAUGGCAUACCGAGCUCAAGCUGUGAUUUCCAACAUGGAGUUUGUGCAGUUCCACCCGACUGCCUUAGCUGAUGAAGGGCUUCCUGUUAAACCAACCGAGCCUAGGGAUAAUGCAUUUCUGAUAUCUGAAGCUGUAAGGGGUGAUGGUGGCAUCCUUUAUAAUUUAGCCAUGGAAAGGUUUAUGCCUUUGUAUGAUAAAAGAGGAGAGCUUGCUCCUAGGGAUGUAGUCGCAAGAAGUAUAGAUGACCAACUUAAAAAGCGCAACGAAAAGUAUGUGCUCCUUGACAUUAGCCACAAGCCAAAGAAUGAAAUUCUCUCACAUUUUCCCAACAUUGCUUCAACGUGCCUUCAGUAUGGUUUGGACAUAACACGUCAUCCAAUCCCCGUUGUUCCAGCUGCUCAUUACAUGUGUGGAGGAGUUCAUGCCGGGCUCCAAGGAGAGACAAAUGUGAAAGGUCUGUAUGUAGCGGGUGAGGUAGCAUGUACCGGUCUACAUGGAGCAAAUAGACUAGCUAGCAACUCAUUGCUCGAGGCACUCGUUUUUGCGGAAAGAGCAGUUCAGCCGUCAGUUGAUCAAAUGAAGAGCUCUAGCCUCGACCUGAAUGCAUCAAAUUUGUGGCCAAGACCUACGGUGCCGUUUUCACUUGGAAGUAAUGCCAAUGACAAAAUUUUAUCCGCGACCGAAGAAUUGAGGAAAGAACUGCAAUCUAUCAUGUUUAACUACGUCGGAAUUGUGAGGUCAACAAUGUGGCUAGAGACAGCCGAGAGAAAAAUCGGCAAUCUUGAGGCGAAAUGGGAGGAGUAUUUGUUUAGGCAUGGAUGGAAACCAACAAUGGUGGUGCCUGAGAUUUGUGAAAUGAGAAACCUCUUUUGUUGUGCUAAGUUGGUUGUUAGUAGUGCGCUUUCGAGGCACGAGAGCCGCGGUUUACAUUACACCAUUGAUUUUCCAAACCUCGAAGAAAGUGAGAGACUUCCAACAAUUAUUUUUCCAAGUUCACCUUUAAUCAGUACAUGGAGUUCUAGACAAUUACAGAAGCAGCCUAUGUAUCAAUAAGGCAUCAAUUUCUGCAAAUAAUAUAUAUGAAAUUCAGCAAAAUAAAUACCAAAAGGGAAGGGAAUAGUCAUUGGCUCGAAUUAUGUAUUCGGAUUGUCUUUCCUCUCCCUUAUAGUUAACUGAUUAUUUUGUCGAUGAGGUGUCAACUUUGUGGUAAGAGUUCGACCUUGUAACCUCGAGACAUAUAGUUCUAAUAUAGCAAUAUAUAUAUAUAUAGGUAAUUUGGGUUAGUAUCCCUUUCUAACAGCUGUAUGAUGUAUCAGUUUCAGAUUGUGAUCAAAUCUCAAGUUAUAAAUUUAUAUAUAUUGGUACUUAUGUCAUCAA